AAAAAAAAAAAAAAAACCUUGAUAUUUUAUAUGGCCAUUCUUUUCUUUCUUUCUUCUCUUUAAAAAAAAAUCCCCUAUAUGAUAUCUACCACUAUUUCUAAAGAUUUAUUACAACCUCCUCCUUCACCUAGUUUAUCAGCUACUUCGUCUAUAUCUUCUUGGUUAAGAAAAUCACCAAGUGAGUUGGUGCCUAUGCUAAAGAAUGCCUAUACCACACUCAAAGACAAAGAGAGGGAUUUGAGAUUGGCAGCUGAAAUAGGAAAAUCCCUAUUGGAGAAUAAUAUCGCACUCAAAUCUAACUAUGAAGAUUUAUUAUCUCAGUCUAUUUACCCUACACCUUCCAACUCUUAUUCUCUUUUAGAUGAACAACCUCAAGAAGACGUCACUUUUAUGCCUUCACAUACAACGCGAGAAGCCAUGAUUGAAAUGCUGGAAAAAAAGAAUACGGAACUAUCCACUCAACUAGAGCAGACAGUCCAAACCCAGGAGAAACAGGGCCGUAUGCAUAAAAAGAAAGAAAGAGAAUUGGAGACUGAAAUCAAGUUCUUGAAAGGUAGUCUUGAUCAUGCUACAGUCAAAAUACAAGAAAUGGAAGAAAAAACAAUGCCCAAAGAUAGUAAUAAACUAUCACCACCACACCAUGAGGAAGAAGAUGUUUCGCUGCUGCAUGAGAAAAUCAAGCAUUUGAGGCUGGAGAAUGAUCAGGUGUAUCAAUCCAAAUUAUCCAUGGAAGAGAAGCUGAUGAAAACCUUGCAUGAUUUACGUCUCUUGAAACAGCAAGUGGACCAAUUCCAGUUCACUUUGCAUGAUCAUGAACAGCUUCAAAAGUCGUUUGAAGCUCAGCAUACGCAUAUUCAAGAGCUCAAAGCAAGUUUAGAAGAGCAUAGAACAUUACUGGGUCAGCUUAAAGAACAAGGCGUUAUUUAUUACGAAGAAGAAGAAUACGAAGAAGAAGAAAGCAAUCAAAAUCUGCUUAGUGAACUACAUCAUGCUUGGUUAAAAGGGCAUGAAGAUAAUACAAACUUGCUUGAAUCAAUUCUUGUUCAAGCAGGCGUCGUUGAGAAAGAUGCUCUUGAUGAUGCACUGAGCUUAAUCGGUCGUCUGGAACAUGAAUAUGAUCAUAAAAAAUUCCUAAAAGAGAAUGGGCAUUGGUAUGACGAUAAUUUUAGCAUGGUGUCAACUCAACAAAAAGCGGCUAUUGUAACACUACUACCACCAACACCACCACCGGAACAAUCCUUGGGCUUGGUAGGCUCUGUCCAGCGCAUGGUGAAACAAAUGCUUUACUUCACGUGGCGGUGGUUUAGAUUUACUUUGAUUAUGACAAUCGCUGUCUUUUUAAGUUUAAAAGAAGGCCCUCCUCCGCCACCACGGAAAUCCGGUUUGAUUACAUCCACUGCAUCACACACUAAACAAUAGAGAUAUUCUUUCAAAAACUAAAAUAAAUACACAAUUCACACAUGA